AUGCCCUCCUUCCUCCACUAUGGAAGAAGCGAACGCGUUACCGGCACUCCAAGCAUGCGCGCAAAGACCUACGGCACAGAUUUUACAAAAUCCAAGUGGAUCGAGCUAUCGGACCUAGCCAAGGGAAAGAAGCUCUUUACCGUCUUCGACAGUUCCUACCAAGGGCCCGCGCCGGGGGACUUUAGGCAGAUGUUGGGGCCAUCCGGUACUCCCCUGAGCAGAUCCUCUCCGUCUGACUCAAAACUUCUCUGA